GGCGUGGCAGGAAGUGGAACCGUGUGGGAGCGUCACCAGGGGCCAUAGCAAACGCCUUGUAUGCGGCGUUUCGAGACGUAGCUGAACCGCAGGCUACACACAAACCGAGCGCUGACAGUCCCGUUACUUUACCCGCCCCGUUAUCACUUUGUACCGGCUGUUCGCCCCGCGUGGAGACCGACGCCAUGGCUCGCCGCUCCCUGUGGUCGCUCUGCCUGCCGCUGGCGCUGCUGCUGCUGGGAGUUCUGUCUCAGGAGUUGGACCUGUCUGAUGCUCUGGAUCCAGUGACACCUACACCAAAGCCAGCAGCACCAGCUGGAGGAACAGGAGGAGGAUUUAAUCUGGAGGACUCCCUUGAUCUGGUUCACCCCACCACCAAAGCCCCGCCCAAGGUCAAGCCAAAAGCCCCAGUGAACCCCGAAUCCAAACCAGCUGCUGAUGACUUUAAACUGAGUGAUGCCCUGGACUCCAACAAUGACAUUGGUAUCAAGGAUAAGAACAAGGGGCAGGGAGGUGGAUUCUCUGACGACGAUCUGUUCGAUGUCAGCAAAGACGACACCUACAAUCCUGACAAAGGCAAAGGGGGACGGCCCACUGGUGGCAAAGAUAAGUUGGACGAGUAUGACGACAACGCUGAGACCACUGCAGAAGUUGGCACCAUUGCAGGAAUCGUUAGUGCGGUUGCCAUGGCGCUGGUGGGUGCUAUCAGCAGCUACAUUUCGUACCAGAAGAAGAAGCUGUGCUUCAGUCUCCAGCAGAGCCUGAACACGGACAUGGUGAAGGCUGAGAAUCCUGAAGCUGUGGUUGCUACAGAACCACAAGUCCAACAGACUCUCCUGGAGCCCCCCAAUGCUGAACCCCCCACUGAGGAGAAUGCUGUGUAACACACUUGCUCACAGACACACACACACGCACACACACACACACACACACACACACAGGUCACCCACCAUCAUUUGCUAUUUCACAAACGUUGGCAUUUUUAAGUCCGUUUGCGCUGAAUGUGAACACAAUUGUUUUUAGAAUUCUCAGCUGUAAACAUGGCUGACAGUGUAUCGAACUUUGCCAAAUGUACGUGUAAAUAGUUAUUUAUUGUUUUCUGUUCAAAGCACCACUUACAAAAUUGGUUGACAGUAAUCCAGCCUUUGCUGUGUGCACAGUUGAGUUGUAGCAUUUUGAGGUCCAGACACACAGUGAAGAUGUAAUACUGAAAAAGAAAAUACAAAAAGUGGUUAAUCUGAUAAUACGUUGGAGAAGCUUCUCUGGGUGUGUGUCGAGCGUCUCUGGGUUCACAGGGAGUCAGUUACUUUAUUGAUUGAUUUGAUUGAAUUUAGACGGAUCUGUGAUUGGCAGCGUGAUUAAAGCUGAUUGUCAUGUGAACCAGGGGGCGCUGGGGGACAUGCCUAGUCUUCUUUCCUUUU